CGGGAUCGAGGGAGCGCCUAAAUCCCACGUCAAGGGAGGGCUGGAUGGAUCUGACAGGUGCGAACCCCGCCUCCGCCCCCUGGAUCCUCGGGUCUGGUGCAGCUGGACUCGAACUCAGGAUCUUCCCCCGGAGACCCCCCAGGCUAACGAGGCCACUUCCCUCCCCGCAGCCAAGUACCCGGAGAUCAAGCAGCUGAUGGGGCCGGACCCGCAGCUGAAGUGGGUGGUGUCGCUGAUGGUGCUGACCCAGGUGGCAGCCUGCUACCUGGUGCGGGACCUGCCCUGGAAGUGGGUCGUCUUCUGGGCGUACGCCUUCGGGGGCUGCCUCAACCACUCCAUGACCUUGGCCAUCCACGACAUCUCGCACAACGUGCCCUUCGGGAACGGGCGGGCCCGCUGGAACCGCCUUUUCGGCAUCUUCGCCAACCUGCCCGUGGGCGUCCCCUACUCGGCCUCCUUCAAGAAGUACCACGUGGACCACCACCGCUACCUGGGCGGGGACGGGCUGGACGUGGACGUGCCCACCGACUUCGAGGGCCGGCUCUUCUGCUCCCCGGCCCGCAAGCUGCUCUGGCUCUUCCUGCAGCCCUUCUUCUACACGCUGCGCCCGCUCUGCGUCAACCCCAAGCCCGUCACGGCCAUGGAGAUCCUCAACGCCGGCGUCCAGGUGGCCUUCGACCUGCUCCUCUACCUCCUGUGGGGCGCCAAGCCGGUGGUCUACCUGAUCGCCGGGUCGUGCCUGGCCAUGGGGAUCCACCCCAUCUCCGGGCACUUCAUCGCCGAGCACUACAUGUUCCUCAAGGGCUACGACACCUUCUCCUACUACGGCCCCUUGAACUGGCUGACCUUCAACGUGGGCUACCACAUGGAGCAUCACGACUUCCCCAGCAUCCCCGGCAGCCGCAGCCCCGUGGUCAAGAAGAUCGCGGCCGAGUACUACGACCCCCUGCCCCACCACACCUCCUGGGUCUGCGUCCUCUGGGACUUCGUCUUCAGCGACACGCUUGGCCCCUACGCCCGGGUCAAGCGGACCUACACCGCUGCCGAGGGGCAGUAACUGUGGGCCGGGGCGGCGAGGGCAGGUGGGGGGUAAUAUCUGCUCCUCUGCCAUACCAGCCUGGGGGCUAGACCUGCUCCAUUCCCCCCACCCUCCUCCUCUCCAGGCACACCUAUGCAGGGGGCGUGGCCAAGGGGAGUGGGCGGGGCUCCUUUUGAGGUCCUCCCCCCAGAGCCACCUUUCGGCUGCUGUAGCAGGUCUCCGGGCCUGCAGCCCUUCCUGGGGCGGGUUAGGGCCGUAGCGCCCCCCCCCGCUGCUGCUGCAGGUUCUCCCCCGGCUCCGGGGGCAGCCGGGCGGGGCGGGGCUGGGCGGGGGGCCGGUUUUAGGGAGUCUGCUGCUGUUUCCCAGGCGCGGGGUGCGGCCCCGAGCCCGUCGGGGAGGGGGAGACGUGGACGUCAGGAGGACAGGCGUCACAGCCGGCGGGGGCAGGCCCCGCGCUCCCCUUCUCCUGCACGUCGCGGGUUGGCAAGAGCCAGGCCAGGGGCCCUCGCCCCCCCCCCCCGGCCCGCCGAUGGGCAGAAUAAAGUGCGUCCCGUGCCCAUGCGUGCAGUCACACGUGACAUCCUAGGUGCAGCCGCACACGCAGCCGCCCAUGCCGCUGCACAGAGCGAUGAAGGCAGUCAUACGUGCCAUUGUACAUGCAAGCACACGUCACGCGUGGCCGUGCAAGCGCACAUCCGUACGCACGUGCAACCGGGAGGGCCGCCGGUGAGAUCCCAUGUGCAAACACACGUGCAGUCAUGUGAGCACACACGAGAUCACGUGUGCAGUCACGUGGGCAACGCCAGGUGUUCACACGCGCCAUCACGCGUGCAAGCCCCCGUGCAAAGAUGCUGCAGCGACACGUGCCCCGCCCUGCUCGGCCUCCA